UGGCGCUUUUUUUUAAGUGACAAAGGACGUAGCCUUGCGCCAUGCAUGGCGCGGUUCGGCGAAAGCCGUGGAGCCCGCAAAAGCGCACCGCCCUGGGAAUACAGGCCGCGGUGCUGUGUGUCCUUAUCGCCUGGCAGGGGGUGAAGCUGCGCAGCCAAGAGCUGGUGGCCAUUGGUCACGCCUACAGCUCUGCGACCAAUGCUGUGCAGUGGCCAUAUGUAGUUGCGGCGACCAUUUUCCUGGUCGAGUUCCUGAUUUGUUUCUUACUCAUCCUGCUGCUGCGGCUCAUGCUGCAUUUCAAGGACCCUGGAAGCGGGGAGGUCCUAUUUCUGGUGCGCUUGAGAGAGGUGGCCGAGAUGUUGGCCUUCAUCGCCUUCUUCGCAGGCGUCUUCUACAUCUACGUGCUGUCUCGGCAGCCCCAGUCCAUGUAUCACAUGAGCGCAGGCUCCUUUUUUGAAGGUACCAAGGAGUAUCGGGAGGCAAGGCACAUCUUCCUUUGGGCCUUCCUGGCGCCACAGCAGUGGGUCAUGCACGCGCGGCUCUACACCAAAGCCUCCGUGGUGGAGGCGGGACAGCUGAUGCUGAUCACGGCCUACACCAUGGUCUUUGGCCUCAUGGCCGUCCAGGUUGAUAUGGAUGCCGACUCCUGGAUCAGACCACACUUGCAGGUCCGCAUCUUGUACACCCUCUCCACGCUUUCGAUGAUCUCCGUCUUUGUGAAGGCCUCCAGGAUGCCCAUGGAGCCCCUGAUCGCAAAGACUGGCAACUUCUACCUCAAGGUCAAGUAUGUGGUUUGGAGCGGCUACCCCGUAGCCUAUAUGCUUAGGUCGCUGGGGGUCCUCAGUGCCUGGCAAGAGGAAGUCCUCGUAUACACCAGCCUGGACGUGGUCGCCAAAUCACUUUCUUUGAUUGCCAGUUCUACCGGGCCGCUUUUCACCUUGUUUCUCAGCACCUGGGGGCAUUGGCACAUCAGCGGGGGCAUGCACGACUUCCGGGUCACGGUGCAAGAGCCGGACUGGGGGGUGCAGUCUGUGGAGAUGGAUCGCUCCACGGAGAAGGGAGAGCAAGCCACCGGCCUCAGGGCCGGGCAGAGCAACUUCCUCCGAGAUGCGGUGGACGCCGAAGAUGCGCAGCGAUUGCAGCGCAUCGCACAGCAGGUGGACACCCAGUUGAGCUUCAUGGCCCAGAAAACACCCAUCACGGUGAAGCUGGGCAAUGUCAGCGUGGGCGCGGAAUGCUAUGUCUCCCGAUCUCUGUGGGGCUCCAGGCAGCUGGCCAUCACGGUGCGCCAUGCCGAGGCCUCCAAGCCCAAGGGCGAGGACGACGCAGGGAGCCUCAGCUCCCGCAGCUCCAGCGCCGAGUCGGAGACGAAGAGCAAGACGGCGACGCUGACCUCUGGCAAGGUGGCUUUGCAUCAAUAUCUUGCAGAGCGCACGGAUUCCAGCGAGGUUGGUGAGAAGUACUGGCAGACACGCCUUGCCUCUGAACAGACUGAUUAGGGCAUAGAGCCCGUUUCCGCACGCCGCACGGUCACCCGCGUGCAACGUGGAUAUCUGGCUCUCACUUUGAAUCGCUUCAGAAUCAUGGCGCGUUGCACUCAGCUCUAGCAGAGUAAAGCAAUAGUGUUGCGCCGAUGGAGAAGUGCGGCCAGGUCAGACCUCUGAUAGAAGUGCCACCAGACCCCUGGAACA